AUGUCGUUAUCAAUGAGAGCUCUUCCCAUUAUCCUCUUUCUAAUGUUUUAUUGGAAGGCAAUUCACUGUCAAACAUCUACAAUCCCUAACCAGCUAGUUUCCAUCGAAUUCAACCAAAUGAUUAAUGCAGCCAUGAAACAAGUGUCUUCCUCCAAAUCGUUUAUUAAUUAUAUUGCCAAUACUGUUGCAUUCAGUGUUCCUGCGUGCACCAGUAAUCCCAGUUGGCCAACCAAAUUUCCCAUUCCAAGCUCAGUUAAAGAAUUAAAGCUCUGCUAUGAUGGUGUAACUUCUGACACAAUGUGGGCAGAUAUUUACAAAAGGGUUGGAUUGGAAUUAGUGAGUGCAAUCAACUCAAAAUAUGGAACUUCCCUAGCAACUCGUUUCGUAUAUGUAAAUGCCACUGAUGGAUUCUUUGAAUCGAUGAAGAAGGCAGUGGAAACUGAGGAAUGUGAUGUUUCAGUUGCUGAUUCGACAUAUACUACAGAGAGAAGGUCCAAGGUUCAGUUUUCUGAUUGUGGAUAUGGAUCUACUGCAAAUGGAUUUUUACGAACGUUACUAAAUAAGGAAAAUAAUGCAACUUUUGCAAAUUUGAAAGAUAUUUCACAGUUGAAUUCGCCUGAUAUUAUCGUUGCAGCAUAUUUUGGAACUUAUUAUGAAACAUUGGCGAAUCAAACGCUGCCACUUGCCAAGAAAAUUUUUACAUCUUUUGAUGAACAAUUUGAAUUGAUUAAGAAUAAUAAGGUUCAUGUGGUGAUUAGUGAUUCGGAAGCUUUGCAGUCGUGGAAGGUUACUAAUUGUCCUUCCUGUAUUGGUAGGUUUGAAAAAUUAUUUUAUUUUUAA